AUGGGCACCAUUUUCCGAGGGGGAAGGAAAGAGAGGCUGCAGGAGGGUCGCGGAGCGGUGAGGGGCAGCGGGAAACGCAAAGGAUGGGGGCUCUGUCCUCAGCGCGUCAGCAGUCGGCUCGCACGGCUCGGGGCGCCACGCGGAGGUGCAGCUGCACCUCGGGGAUCGGGCGGCCAAGGAGCCGAGAGGCUCGGCGUCCACCAGCCGGGGCUCCCUACUCACGCUGCACUGCGAGGAGGCGGCGGCGGCGGCAGCGAAGGAGGAGGAGGCGGCGCCCGGCCGUCCCCGCCCAGAGCCCGGCAGCCACCGAGUGGCCGCCCGCGUCCCCGCAGGACCCGCCUCCUCGGCUCCGCAGAGCCGCACACAGGGCGCGCCGCGCUCGCUGGGCACGGGCAGCUCAGCCGGCCUCACGCCGCCGUCCGCAACAGCAGCCGCGGGCGGGGUGCAGCCCCCUCCGUGAGCGCCACAGCCCGCCCCGCUCGGGGCGGGGCCCGCGGGCACCGGAGAGCGGACGGCCGAGCACGAGGGGGCUGCGCGCAGCUCCGGGCAGGGACCCCGUCUGCACCGGGUGGCCAGCAAGAUUGCCGGGCCCUGCACCCAUCUUUCCUGAGGGGAAAAGGAAACGGGAUAACUUGCGGUAUUUCGAUGCUCAAAGGUAACCGGCGGCUCUGCUCCAACCUUCAAGAGAUUUUGCAAGUUGAAAAACAAAGAAAAUCAUCCUUCGUAACAUCUACUUAAAACAAAAAAAAAAAAAAGCAGGUUUUCCUCCUUGUACACACGUAUACACAGUAAAGAUGUGUAUCUUACCUUAGAUACCGCGCUUCAUCUUCAUCUAAUCUUUAUUUGAACUCACCGUCGCCACUGGCCCAGAGACCUUGUCAGUGUUAUUUUCAGUAUCACUUAAAUCAGAACAAAAAGAUAAGUCCUGCAAUAUUCUUUCUCUUAAUUCCAGAACUGGAAAAUUAAUAUUUGUAUAGCCUCCUCAAAAGCAUACAGGCGAUAGGAAGUAUGGUAUUAUGUUCAGAUUAUAGCAUUUGUUUUAAAAUAUUUUAAAAGCUUUGACAGAAAAUGUGUAAAAGAAGUUUAAAAGUGAAUAAAUCUAAAUCAAUGCUGUUGUAAAUAAUUUUUUUAUCAGUUUAUGUAUCUCACUAGGCUAGACGUUACCAGCCUUCUGAGCUGUGCCCUUGAUGUGCAAAAUGAACGAACAUUUGACAGGAUAGCAUUUUUCCUCUCUUCAAUCAGUGAUAGAGGAUUGGUUAAUGUGGUACAAUAAAUAGCCCUUCCUGACAUUAUUUCAAAUCUUUUUAACAGAAGAAUAACCUAAAUUUCAUCUAAGUAAGUUUCAGUAUUAUUUUCCCCUAAAAUAUCUUUCAAAACGAUUCAGAGACAUUUAAGAAUCACUGGCUUUUUUCCAACUUUUCCUCCAAGGAAGUCACAAUAGAAGUUGAAUUAUGUUUCUACUGUAAUCAAGAAUUUGACAUUAAAGUAAUAUAUGAAUCAUUUCUAUAGUACACUAGCAAAAUGGGUAAUAGAUUAAACUAGAAUCUGUUCACUUUGUGGGUUUGUUCCAUUUCCGGAUUAUAAAGUGAAUGCUCGUAAAGUGUUGUGGUCAUGAAACAAUGAUUGAGCAUCUUUAUUUAAGAACAUGAUUCAAUUAAGUUUUCAUU